GGUAUAUAGCGGGCAUGCGCGCGGCGGCGAGGGCCGGACGCUGCGAGGGAGGGGGCGCGCGGUGGUGUGCGUGGACGCGCUGAAGCAGCGGCCCAGGCCUGGUAGAAGAGGCUGCGCGGCAGCUGACGGCUGCAGGUCUCAGUUGGAACAUUUUACUGGGAGAGUUGCCGUGACCCCUGACACCACCUCUGCUACCUGCUGUGUGCCCUGGCACCCGCAGUGCUCGGCCUGGCACUCUAAAGGGUGGAUGGUACCCACCAACCUGUUCCCUGGUUGUCCACACUAAGGUGAGCCUGGUCACCAUGACUCUGCCGCACCGGCCCCUCCCCAGCUGCUUCCUGCUGGCCUUGCUGGCCUGCAGCACCGCUCCCCAGGUGCCAACAGGGUCUGCGGCCCAGCUGCCCAUCAGUGCUGCCUCUUUCCUGGAUGACCUCAUGCAGCACUAUGGCAAGGGUGACAGCCUCACCCUGCCGCAACUGAAGGACCUGCUCAACCACCUGGAUGUGGGAGUGGGCCGUGAUAAUGUCACCCAGCAUACUCAGGGAGCCAGGAACCUCUCCACGUGCUUUAGUUCUCGAGACCUCUUCGCUGCCCACAACUUGAGUAAUGAGUCAAGGAUUGGGAGGAAUGAGUUCCAGGAAUUCUGCCCCACCAUCCUACAGCAGCUGGAUUCUCAGGCCUGCUCACUCAAGAACCAAGAGAAUGAGGAGAACAAGCAGACAGGGGAGGGAAAGCCGAGCUCCCUCGAAGUGUGGGGCUUUGGUUUCCUCAGUGUCUCGAUGAUUAACCUGGCCUCUCUCCUGGGAGUCCUCGUCGUGCCGUGCACGGAGCGAGCAUUUUUCAGCCGGGUGCUCACUUACUUCAUCGCCCUGUCAAUCGGAACGCUGCUCUCUAACGCGCUCUUCCAGCUCAUCCCAGAGGCUUUUGGUUUCAACCCUCAGGAAGAUAAUUAUGUCUCCAAGUCUGCAGUGGUGUUUGGGGGCUUCUACCUUUUCUUUUUCACAGAGAAGAUCUUGAAGAUGCUUCUUAAGCCGAAAAACAAGCGCCAUCACGGACAUAACCAUUUUACUUCAGAGACACUUUCUUCCAAGAAGGACCAGGAAGAGGGCGUAACAGAGAAGCUGCAGAACGGGGACCUGGACCACAUGAUUCCUCAGGCCUGCAGCGGCGAUCUGGAUAGCAGGGCCCCCAGCGUGGAAGAGAAGGUCAUUGUGGGCUCACUAUCGGUGCAGGACCUGCAGGCUUCACAGAGUGCCUGCUACUGGCUGAAAGGUGUGCGCUACUCUGACAUCGGCACCCUGGCCUGGAUGAUCACCCUGAGUGAUGGCCUGCACAAUUUCAUCGAUGGCCUGGCCAUCGGUGCCUCCUUCACUGUGUCUGUUUUCCAAGGCAUCAGCACCUCGGUGGCCAUCCUCUGCGAGGAGUUCCCGCAUGAGCUGGGCGACUUCGUCAUCCUGCUCAAUGCCGGAAUGAGUAUCCAGCAGGCCCUCUUCUUCAACUUUCUCUCUGCCUGCUGCUGCUACGUGGGCCUGGCCUUUGGCAUCGUGGCAGGCAGCCACUUCUCCCCUAACUGGAUUUUUGCUCUGGCUGGAGGAAUGUUCCUGUAUAUUUCUCUAGCUGAUAUGUUCCCUGAGAUGAAUGAGGUCUCCCAGGAGCAUGACAGGAACGGCAGCAUGCUGGUGUCCUUCGUCAUCCAGAACCUGGGCCUCCUGACUGGCUUUACCAUCAUGCUGCUCCUCACCAUGUACUCGGGGCAGAUCCAGAUCGGGUAGGGCCCUGCAGGGCCACUCACAUCACAAGGCAGGCACUGAGCUGCCCGUCCCUGCCUGGGACCCGCCAUGCACGUCGCACACGGAAAGGGCAGCUGUGAACUGCUGUGGACUGUCACCCACGUUUGGGUGUCGGCUGUGUCCCAGAAAGCCAGCUGCACGGUUGCCACUCUCUAGGUAGUGCCUCGCCCCUCUCCUUGCCCCUUCCUCACAGUCAUGCCAGAACCCAAGUGUCACACAUAGGACAAGCCUCUCCCUUUGCUCUCUGGUUACUCGGAUCUCUCUUGGAAGCAGCAUCAUGAGAUUUGGCAUCUUGGACCCUGCAGUGUAAAAGCAGAGCAGCUGUCAGAGCCCGGAUAGAAAUAUCAACAGGGGAAUCCACCCUGGGGGACCCACAAAUGCAAAUUGCAUCCUGGACCUCAAGCUGCCUCUUUUAAAAGUUUGGGGUCUCCUGCUCUUCAGAGAAAGGGCAGGGCACAGGCAUCUCUCCCACCUAUUUUUAAAAUCUGUUCAGUUCCUAUUAAUUCAGAGAACUGAAACUCAGAACAGGCUAAUAGGGCAGGCAAGGCAGGGACCAUCCUGAUCGACAGGGGAAGUAGAACCAGUGAUGUGGGACCAGUCUGGGUGCUCACUUAUUCCCUCUGGGAUGCUGGAUGCAGUUCUUGUCCAGCCCUGCUGUCUUCUGGCUGUCUGGCUGGGCCAGAGUUGUGGGCAGCUGCCCAGGCCUCUUUUUUCACAUUAAUACUGACAGUGGGGAGGGGCAGGAGCCCUGCAAGAAAAUAAUUGGGUUAGCUAUGAUUCCCAGCUCCCUUCUUCUAAGAGAUUUUUUAGCUGCCUCUCUAGAAGCACAUUUUGAGCACAUUUCAGAUGUUUAUGUGGCAGCAUGGUGGCACACACCCAUAAUCCCAAUACUAGGAAAGUUGAGGCAGGAGGAUUGCUUCGAGUUUGAGCUAGCCAGAGAUGCAUAGUGAGUUCAAGGCCAGCCUGAACUAUAUAGCAAGACUCUGUUGCAAAAAACAAAAACAACAAAAUAAAAUGUUCGUAUUAGAGGGGAGACUGCAUGGAUUCACUGCCCCAGUCGAGACUUCUGCCACAGACUGGCAAGCCAACUUGUAGAGUACAAGAGCAGUUGUUUAUGCUCUAUGUAGUGACAAGGGAAAUCGGCAAUGAACGGGUGCAGACCACGCUGAGGACCUGCUGAUGGCAUAAACACAAGUGUGAGCACAAGGGGCUCUGGACUGUGAGGUCAGAACCUCACAUCUUGGCCCUGGGGUGCUGCAGACGUCACUGUCUAGGUGACAUGUCCCAGCUCACCCCAGUGUGAAUUGCUCUAGACCUCCGAAAGUGGACUGUGUGCUUGUCUCUAACACUACAGGCCAGCCUUGGGCACUGUGGAGCUGCUGCCUCAGAACUCUGGCUUCAAGGGGAGUUGAUCUCCAGAUUCACUAGGUGAAUGAUUUAUUAUUAUCAUAUUGAUAAUGCGAGACUCUUUAGCCACUUUGGGGAGCCAGUCUCCCCAGAAGCCUUUCUUAGUGGUGCCCACAGUCGCAGCCGAGGGGCCAUGUUUGUUUGCAGGAUAGACAGGAGCACGGGUUCACUACCAGUGCCUGAUCUUCUCUGUUCUUAGGCAGUUUGGAAGACUGUCCACUCUUAACAAUUCCAAGCAGCAUCUGUUUCAUUUUUUCUUCUUGGGAAACAGUCUUCAAACCAGGAGAGCAGCUAAGGGUCCCUCCUGAUCUUGCUUCCUGACUUGGGUGGAACUGAGACCAGACUGACGGAGGAGAAAAUUCAGCCACCAGGAUUCUAGAUUGAGUGUCAGGACCUGGUAGAGUUAGGGUCCAGUUUUACCAAAGAACCAAGUCCGUAAAUGUCAGAAUCUGAUCAUCAUCUCUGUUGGUAUUGUUUUAAAAUGCUUCUUUGUCUGUUCUGUUUUAUAAUUCCCAAAUUGCUUUUAGGAUCUAGGAGAAAAUGGCACAAUUUCAGACUCUGAGGUGGGUGUAACUCAGUGGUAGCAUGUUUGCCUAGCAUAUGCAAGGCCCUAGGUUCCAUCUUUAGCACUACAAAAUCAAAAAAGAGAAAAAGGAAAGUUGACUCUGAAAGGUUUUGUCUUACUUAACUCACCUUAAUGUAUUUAUUGUUUAAUUUUAGUAUUCCCUACAUAGAUGCUAUCAUUCCUUUAAAAGUACCCUUUGUCACUGGGUGUGAUAGCACACAGCUGUAAUCUCAGCUCUCUGGGAGGCUAAGGCAAGGAGAUCACAAGUUUGAUCCCGGUCUGGGCAAUUUAGCAGGAUCCUAUCUCAAAAUGAACAUAAAUAAACUAAUAAAUAAAAGAGCUGGGGAUAUAGCUUAGUGCUUAGGGUUCAAUUCUCAGUGCUACCAAAAAAAUUUUUUUCUGGAGUAAAAUACUGAAUUAGGGCCUGGGGAUUUAGCUCAGCGGCAUAAGCGCCUGCCUUGCAAGCAGACAGUUGGGAGUUCGAUCCCCGGUACCGAUAAAAAGGAAAAAGACCAAAAAAAAAAAAAAACAAAAACUGAAUUGGAGUUAAUUCAUUUCUAAAUUUAAGAGACGAAGUUAGAGCCAGGCAUGGUAGCAUACACCUGUAAUCCCAGCAUUUGGGAGACAGAGGAAGGAGGGUCUCUGUGAGUUAAGGACCAGCCUGGGCUACAAAGUGAAUCCAAGGCCCGAACUGCACAGUGAAACCCUGUCUCGAAAGAAAGAAACUUAGAAACCUAAUCUUGAAUAAAUUAAAUAGCAAUCAUAUGAACUAGUGUUCUUUAAAGGCAUUGGUACAGGGUCAGCCCCAGUUGGAAUUUAGGAGGGAGGGGACUGACUACAUUGCAUCUGCAACAGCUUUGCCUCCUGGGUUGACGUUUAAGAACUGAAUUUGUGCCGGAGGUUUAGCUCGGCAGCACAAGCGCCUGCCUGGCAAGCGAAAGGUCAUCAGUUUGAUCCCUGGUACAAAAAAAAAGUUGAAUUUGCUAUUGUACACAUAGUAGAAGUCUGCAUUGUGGUGAGUUUGGGGAGCACCUUCUGCCUCGCUCCAGAAAGAAUGUCAGCAGAGAAAUACAUGUCAUACACAGGAGCCAGAAGCCAGGAACAUGGUUCUGCUGCCUCGCACCUUCCUGUCUGUCCUUGUCACCAAAGGUGUUCUGUGUGUAGUAUCAACUAGGGGCCAUUUCUAGUCGUCCUUCACCCUGGGCUUCAAAAAUACUUCUAUGCUAGGUGGACACCCGUAAUCCCAGCACUUUGGGAGACUGAGGCAGGAGGCUUGCAAGUUCAAGCCUAUACUGGACAACUUAGCAAGACUCUGCCUUAACAUAAAAGGGGCUGGGGAUGCAACACUGGUAGAGCACCCCUGGGUUUAAUCCCCAGUACUACCAAAAAUAAAAUUCUCUGUUUGGGUAGCCUGAUAUCUAUUUUUAAAUUCUUUUCCAAAGAGAUGGUAGUGUGCUGGAAUUCUGCUUUAUAAGAAAAAAAUCUGAUUUUGCAAAAGAGAGAGGUUUGUUUUUAUUCAUAUUUCCCUUUACAGUUCUGCAGUUCCAUCACAGUAUUAUUUUAAAUAACUCAGGUGUUAUGCGAAGAGUUAGAAAGAAGAUAACUUAUGUGGACUGUAAAUGUUUUAUUUGUAAGAUUCUAUAAAUAAAGCUAUAUUCUGUAAUUAUUGAGAA